CUUCAGUAUUAGGGACUGGGCCCCAAGCUUUGCAUAUGCUAGACAAGUCACUUAGUUGUUCCCCUAGCCCUUUGUAAAUUUCCGAGACAGGCUCUUCAUUAGUUGCCUAAAUUGAUCAUGAGGUCACUCUGCAGCCCAGACAGGCUUGAACUUGUGAUCCUCCUCCUAUGUAACUGGGGUUAUAGCAGUGGCCUACCAUAACAAAUCUGUGACAUUUCAGUUACUUGACCCUAUAUUAUUUUACCAAACACCUGACAAAAAGCAACUCAAGGGAAGAAGUAUUUAUUUUGACUCACAGUUCAGAGGACCUCAGUCCAUCACAGCAGGUUAGACAGUUGGUCACAUUUUGCUACAGUCAGGAAGCAAAAAGGCUGUUCUCCGCUCAUGUUCUUUGUUUGGGUUCUUUUGGUUGUUGUUGUUUGUUUUUUUCAUUCAGAGUCCCAAGCCCAUGGACUGCUGACCCAUUCAGAUGGUUCUUCCCUCCUCGGUUACUCUAGAAACACCCUAGAUAUGCCCAGAGACUGAAAAGAAACAUUGAUACUCAAAUAAAGCUCUCUUGUCUGCCCCCGCCAGUCUGCCAUGGGUGUUGGGAAGUCUAAACUAGAUAACUGCCCUCUCUCUUGGCAUAAAAGACAUAGUGUGGAUGCAGAUCAAGACUGCCAUGAGUCAGAGGCCAAGAACUCUGAGGCUGUGUCCUUGCCUGGUCUUGUGGGGCAUAGCAACAGAGCAGGGCAGCCAACAGGAGAGCAAGAGGGCACUGAGGCAAAAGGGGAAAUGCCUGAGGAGGAAGCUGAAGAAGAGUUCCUCAAAUUUGUGAUACUGCAUGCAGAAGAUGACACAGAUGAGGCCCUCAGAGUCCAGAAUGUACUGCAAAAUGACUUUGGUAUCAGGCCAGGAAUGAUUUUUGCUGAGAUGCCGUGUGGAAGGCUGCAUUUGCAAAAUCUAGAUGAUGCGGUGAAUGGGUCUGCAUGGACAAUCUUGUUACUGACUGAGAACUUUUUAAGAGACACCUGGUGUAACUUCCAGUUCUACACAUCCCUGAUGAAUUCUGUGAACAGACAACACAAGUACAACUCUGUCAUACCCAUGCGGCCCCUGAACAGCCCUCUUUCUAGGGAAAGGACUCCCUUGGCCCUACAAACCAUCAAUGCCUUAGAGGAAGAGAGCCAAGGCUUUUCUACACAAGUGGGGAAAAUUUUCCAGGAAUCUGUGUAUGAGAGGCAACAAACUGUAUGGAAGGAGACACGAAAUGUGAUGCGAAGACAGUUUCUUGCCUGAGAUGAAGCACACACCCAGCUGGCUCCUGUUUUCUAAACAAAAUGAUUCAUCUUCACUUAAGAAAGCAGUUUCUGACUACCCAGCAGGGUAUCAAAGCAGAUUCUGGGACUCAUAGCCAAACUCUGGGCAGAAUGCAGGGAAUCAAUCUUAUUAAAGAAGUGGGGGAUAGAAAUACCUGGAGGGAACAGGAGCUCCACAAGAAGAGCAACAGAACCAAAAAAAUCUGGGCACAGGGGUCUUUUCUGAGACUGAUAUUCCAAACAAGGACCAUGCAUGGAGAGAACUUAGCACCACUGCACAGAUGUAGCCCAUGGCAGCUCAGUGUCCAAGUGGGUACUCUAGCAAGGGAGUUCAUGUCUCUGACAUGAACUCGGUGGCUAGCUCUUUGGUCACCUCUCCCUGAGGAGGAAGCAGCCUUACCAAGUCACAGAGGAAGACAAUGCAGCCAGUCCUGAUGAGACCUGAUAGACUAGGGUCAGAGGGAAGGGGAAGAGGACCUCCCCUAUCAGUGGACUUGGGGGAGGGGCGUGG